AUGCCUACGGACCCAGAGACCAAGAAGACCCAGGGCUACUGCUUCAUUGAGUUCAAUACUCCGCAGGAAGCUGAGUUUGCUAUGGAAAAAACACGUGGCUACAAACUGGACAAAUCUCACAUAUUUGCUGUUAAUAUGUUUGAUGACUUUGAGAAGUACAUGAAAGUUCCUGAUGAGUGGGCGCCUGCUGAAAUCAAGUCAUACACUCCUGGAGAAAAUCUUCUGAAGUUGCUGACUGAUGAUAAGGCCAGAGAUCAGUUCGUGAUACGUGCUGGUACGUUCACGGAAGUGUACUGGAAUGACGCUAGACGGGCAAUGCCUGAGCUUGUGUACCAGAAGCAGUACUGGACGGAUAGCUAUAUUCAAUGGUCCCCUCUUGGAACACACUUGGCGACCGUGCAUAGGCAGGGCGCGCAGGUGUGGGGUGGUGAUGACAAAUUUGUUCGUCUAAUGCGCUCACAGUUGAAACUCAUCGAUUUCUCUCCCGGUGAGAAAUAUUUGAUCACUUACAGCAGCCAUGAGCCCAGCAACCCCAGAGAUACACAUAGGGUUGUACUAAAUAUCUUUGAUGUACGAACUGGAAAAGUAAUGUGGGAGUUCAAGGGAAGUGCUGAUGAUUUCACUACUGGUGGAAAUAUGGGUGUCUCUGGUGUUUCAUGGCCUAUCUUCAGGUGGGGUGGUGGAAGAGAUGAUAAGUAUUUUGCUAGGCUUGGAAAGAAUGUUAUAUCUGUCUAUGAUACCGAGACGUUCGCUCUUAUUGAUAAGAAGUCCUUGAAGGUAGAAAAUGUGGUUGACUUCAGUUGGUCUCCCACUGAUCCUAUCAUAUCACUCUUUGUGCCUGAAUUGGGUGGUGGAAAUCAGCCUGCCAGGGUCAGUCUUGUGCCAAUUCCGGGUAAAGAGGAGAUUCGGCAGAAAAACCUUUUCAGUGUUAGCGACUGCAAAAUGUACUGGCAAAACAAUGGAGAAUAUCUGGCUCUCCAGGUAGAUAGGUACACAAAAACAAAGAAGAGCAUUUACACUGGGUUCGAGCUGUUCAGAAUCAAGGAAUGA